CAAACUUCACACACCUAGACCACAAGCAUCAAAAGCAAGCAAGAAGUAGUAACCACAAAUCCAACAUGAAGACCUUCCUCAUCUUUGUCCUCCUUGCCAUGGCGAUGAACAUCGCCACUGCCGCUAGGCAGCUAAACCCUAGCAACAAAGAAUUACAAUCACCUCAACAAUCAUUUUCCCAUCAACAACAACCAUUUCUACAGCAGCCAUAUCCACAACAACCAUAUCCAUCACAGCAACCAUAUCCAUCGCAACAACCAUUUCCCACACCCCAACAACAAUUUUCCCAGCAAUCACAACAACCAUUUUCCCAGACCCAACAAUCGUUCCCUCUGCAACCACAACAGCCAUUCCCCCAGCAACCCCAACAACCAUUUCCCCAGCCCCAACUACCAUUCCCCCAGCAACCAGAACAAAUAAUUCCCCAGCAACCCCAACAACCAUUCCUCCAACAACCACAACAACCUUUCCCCCUACAACCACAACAACCAUUCCCCCAACAACCACAACAAUCAUUCCUCCUAGGACCGCAACAACCAUUUCCCCAGCAACCCCAACAAUCACAACAAUCAUUUCCCCAGCCCCAACCCCAGCAACCCCAACAACCAUCCAUCCUGCAACCACAACAACCAUUACCCCAACGACCACAACAACCAUUUCUACUGCCCCAACAACAAUUAUCCCAGCAACCAGAACAAACAAUUUCCCAGCAACCCCAGCAACCACACCAACCUCAACAACCAUAUCCACAACAACAACCAUAUGGGACUAGUCUUACAAGCAUCGGUGGCCAAUGAAAUGAAGACCUGCAAUACAAGACGGAUGGAUCAUCAUUGUUUAGUCAAUGAGCGAUCAAUGUAACGAUGAUAAAUAAAGUGACGUGCACCAUAAUGUGUAACCCCGACCUAUACUAGUUCAAACAUGGGAAUAAAAGACAAAGAAAGUUCUUGUCACAAAGA